GUCCUCGAAGGCCAAGCCAAGGAAAAGGGCUUGGCACUCGACUGCGAGGUCAGCGCCAAGGUGCCACCCUACCUGUGCGGCGACACGGGUCGUAUCCUCCAAGUGCUCAUGAAUCUCACGGGCAAUGCCCUAAAGUUCACGUCGGACGGCAACGUGCGCAUUCUCGUCGACAUUAUCGAGGAUGAAGCCGAGAAGAUCAGCUUCCGCCCGGGUGAGUAUAAUGUGUGUUUCCGCGUGCAAGACUCGGGCAUUGGAGUACGUCCCGAGGCACACCACAAGAUUUUCGAGGCGUUUGUGCAGGCUGAUCCAUCCGACUCGCGAAAGUAUGGAGGUAGCGGGCUGGGUCUGUACCUAUGCGCCAAGUUGGUCAAGCUGAUGCAGGGUGAGAUUGGUGUCUACAACAAUCCCCACCAACACGGCGCCACCUUUUGGUUCAUCUUGCCAAUGCUCGCAUCCACCGAGGCCGAGACGGUCAUCCCGUCGGCACUGCAGUACGCACCCAUCUCGCUCCCCAAUGCCGCCGACUUUAACGCUGCUGACGGCUCCCCUCUAUCAGCACCACUCCGAGUACUCGUCGCCGAGGACAAUGUCAUCAACCAACGUGUGGCAGUCAAGUUCCUCGAAAAGAUCGGGUUCAAGGCCGACGUGGCAUCUGACGGCAACCAAGUGCUGGCUAUGCUCCAAGACCGCUCGUUUGACCUCAUCUUUAUGGACUUUCAAAUGCCUGUUCUCGACGGGCUCCGUUGCUCCGUCCAAAUUAGAGACCUCGAAAAACAAGGUGUAUGGGCCGACCGUUACCCCAUCUUUAUCUGCGGUCUCACUGCCAACACCAUGUCUACCGACAAGAAGCGUUGUUUUGAUUCUGGAAUGAACCAUUUCAUCUCUAAACCAUUCCAAGUCGAACAAUUACGAAUCGCCAUUCAAAUGGCAAUUGAGCAUAAAAGACAUCAUACAAUUAAUUUAAUUUAA